AUGGCGCUGUCCGCGUCGGCGGCGUCGGCGGGGAGGGGCGCGCGGGCCGACAAGGUGCGCAGGAUCUUCGACCGCUUCGACGCCAACGCCGACGGCGGCCUCGACCGCGACGAGAUGGCCCGCCUCGUCGUCGCCGUCAACCCGCGCGUCAAGUUCAGCGACGACCAGAUCUCCGCCAUCCUCGACGAGGUCUUCCGCACCUACGCCCACUUCAUCCUCCCAGACGGUAAGGGCCUCUCCCUCGCCGGCCUGCUACGCACCUACGACGACGGCGCGGGGGACGUCGACCGCGACUUCCUCGCACUCUCCCUCCCCGCCCUCGACUCCUCCUCCCCCUCCGAGAUCGCCCUCGGCGACGACCCCGACGCCACCUCCUCCUCCUCCCCACACACCGCCACCGCCGCCUCCCUCCUCGACGACCACCUCAGGCCGCUCGGCGUCCUCACCCCGCCCUCCUCCAGCUCCCGCGCAGCCGCCGCAGCCGCGCCAGCCUGGGCGACCUCCCCCAACCACGGCAUCGCGUUCGACUCCUCCUGGGCCCUGCUCGACGACCUCGAGAUCCUCGUCAAGCGCCUGCGCUCCAAGCAGCUACGCAAAACCCCCAACCUCUCCACCGACGCCACCGACUCCUUCUCCGAGGCCGGCUGGUCGAGGGAGAUCUCCGGCUCGGCGGACUCCUCCCUCCCACCCCCGCAGUGGGACGAGACGAGCCGCGACUACCUGACCUUCGUCAAGGAGCUGGCCGUCCUCCGCACCCGCGCCGACGCGUCCCGGUCCCGCGAGGAGGCCUUCGACAACCACAUGGUCAUCGGGCGGGCGCUGGCCGAGCACCGCCUCUCGCGCGACGCGCUCGCCAGCUUCCGCCGCGGCUGCGAGCUGCAGCCCACGGACGUGCGCCCGCACUUCCGGGCCGGCAACUGCCUCUACGCGCUCGGCCGCCACGCCGAGGCCAAGGAGGAGUUCCUGCUCGCGCUCGAGGCCGCCGAGGCCGGCAACGGCACCUCCCUCUCCGCCGACGUCCUCCCGCAGAUCCACGUCAACCUCGGCAUCGCCAUGGAGGCCGAGGGCAUGGUGCUCGGCGCCUGCGAGCACUACCGGGAGGCCGCCAUCCUGUGCCCGUCGCAUGCCCGCGCGCUCAAGCUGCUUGGGAGCGCGCUGUUCGGUGUCGGGGAGUACCGCGCGGCCGAGAAGGCGCUGGAGGAGGCCAUCUUCCUCAAGCCGGACUACGCCGAUGCACACUGCGAUCUCGGGUCGGCGUUGCACGCGGUGGGGGACGAUGACCGCGCGGUUCAGGAGUUCCAGAAGGCCAUUGAUCUGAAACCGGGGCAUGUUGACGCCUUGUACAAUCUUGGCGGGUUGAACAUGGAUGCAGGCCGCUUCGUGCGGGCUGCGGAGAUGUACACCCGUGUGCUGAGCAUCCGGCCGAACCACUGGCGUGCGCAGCUGAACAAGGCGGUCGCGUUGCUUGGGCAGGGGGAGUCCGAGGAGGCCAAGAAGGCGCUCAAGGAGGCGUUUAAGAUGACGCAGAGGGUCGAGGUGUAUGACGCCAUCUCGCAUCUCAAGACGCUGCAGAAAAAGAAGCCAAAGGCAACCAAAGGGAAAAAUGAUGCAGCCCAGGGAGAGGAAGCCUUUGUUAUCGUGGAACCAUCCAAGUUCAAGAGGGUUGGGAGGCAGACCACAUUGCGACAGGAUUUGGCCAGUGCCCUUGAUAUAAGGGCCUUCGAGAGGACGACAAAGCUUGGCCACUGUGAUGCCGAGCUUCUGAGGAAAGAGAUGAAUGAGACCGAUGUCCCCGUAUCCUAUUCGGGCACCGGCAUCCCAGAGAAGUCUAUCAGGAAAGCAGCUCUUGAGGUCAUUCUGCGGAGGCUGCUAUCUUUCCUCAAGCCAGAUACCUUCCAGGGGGCUGUCAAGGCUAUGAACGAAAGGAUUCUCUCCGUGCUUGAUGCAUCUGGCUCUGGUCGUGUUGAUCUUGGGAUGUUCUUUGCUAUCAUUGCUCCAAUCUGUUCUGGUCCUGUGGAUCGGCGCAAGCGUGUCGUCUUCGAUGCACUCCUUUGGCGUCCUGCCAGCGAAGGCAGCAGGGGCCAGAUUCGACGAAGUGAUGCCCUAAGUUACAUUAAACUUCUUCGUGCCGUCUACGUACCUAUCCAUGGGGCUAGCGACAUGCUUGAAAUGCAUGGGGAGUCUGACCCUACCAUGGUGUCGUACACCGAGUUCCUUGAAAUGUUCAAUGAUCCUGAUUGGGGAUUUGGAAUUCUCAGCACAUUGGUCAAGCUUGAAGAUAGCGAUCAUGUUCGCCAUGGCAGCCAUACCUGCUCCAUAUGCCAGUAUCCUAUCAUCGGCUCGCGGUUCAAGGAGACAAAGCACUCGUUUAGCUUGUGUAACCGAUGCUACAGCGAAGGGAAGGUUCCAUCAGCCUUUAAGCUGGACGAGUACAGGUUCAAAGAAUACGGUAACGAAUCCGAGGCUCUUAUUGACAAGUGUAUGUGCUUUAAUCUACAUUCUAAGAAUUUGGAAGCUGAUGCUUGAUCAUUGGAGUAUUGCCUGACCUCUCGAGCAUGAAUCUGUGUAUCCCCGUAGUAGUUGUGAAAAUGCCUAGUUAGCUCUCCUGGCCCUCUUGUAAACUAAGGAGCUGUAUUUUGGAGUUGUGUAAGCAUGUUCCGAUCCUAAACAGUUAGCUACUGUUUGAGUGUAUGGGAGUAAGAGCAUGUGAACUCCAAAUACACUCCUGUUAUCAUCUCAGUUCCAACGCAACCAAGGCUUGGAAGUAUUUCUGUUC